AGGGUUCCCUAUCAUCGGAAAAUGCAUCAGCAUUUCGUUCUUCUCUGGAAAUUCUUUUAUACUUUGUGAAGCGAAUUGCAAUUGAUAAUGACGACAUGCUUAUGACCGGUUAUAUAAACAACUCGUCAAUCUCCAAGGAUAAAUUUUCCAAGCGAGAGCUAAUCGAAGAUAAAGUUUGGUCGAGUCAAAAAGCAAUGACCUCACCACUAGUUUCUUAUGUCUACAAAAUACUUGUUUCCACCGCCUUGGCUUCUUCAACCGAAAAAUUACCAUUACCAGCCUUAGAUCACCAAGACGGCUUUAUUCACCUCUCAACAGCACAUCAAGUUCCUGCAACAGCUGCUCGUUUUUUCUCUAAUGAUAAUUUGAUAAAAGUGUUACGUGUACCAUACGUUGGUAGAAUUAAAGAGGGUGUAAAAUGGGAAAAAGGUAUUCCUUCAAGUACAGAGCUGUUCCCGCACUUGUAUGGUGUUGAAUUGACGUGGGAUGAUGUUGAGGAGGUUGUUGAAGUUGUGAAUAGUCGGAGUGAAGGGUAUGUUUUUCCGGAAGGGUGGCUGAAAUUUUGA